AUGAAUAUUCUAUCAUCAUAAAUACAAUAACAAAAGCAUGAGAUUCGAGAAAUGGUGUGCCAAAUUCAUAAACUUGAGGUAGUUGCUGUAGAUCUGGAAACAUACAAAAAGGUUAAAUUCUAAUAUAUGUACUGUGAUUGUUUAGUAGAGAAAAUUAACAAUAACAAAAUUUCAAUUAUUGAUUAGACAAAAGAAAGAAUUUAAUCUUUUAAGACCUAAAAAUAAUAAAAUAAGACGAAAUAGAUUGAAAAUACAUUAGAAAAGAUUUAUAGUCAAAUCAAAGCCCAAAUCUUUACAAUUUAAUAAGAAAAAUAAUCCUUAUUAGAAAACAAUUGA